AUGAAUUUCCAACAAUCAGAGCAAGAGGUGCUACUGGAAGAAACAGAAGCCACAUUUUCUCAACUGAGCCAACAAUCAUUACUCUCACUCACCAUUGAUGAGUUCUAUGGCAAGAACGGAAGGAGCUUAGGGUCCAUGAGCAUGGAUGAGUUCAUAGCCAGCAUUUGGAACACAGAUGGCAUCCAAGUUAACCCACCACCAGUAGCCACCUAUGAUGAAGCUGCAAGGAACAAAAGCGUUGCACCAGAACCCAUCAUUCUCCCGCCAGCUCCAUUCUCUGUCCCUUCCCCAAUUUGCAAGAAAACUGUGGAUGAAGUUUGGUCUGAGAUCCACAAAAGCCAACCAAUAUACAAUGAAGGUAAUAGCCUUGGCAGGAAUGAAACACUCCAAAAGCAACCCACACUUGGAGAGAUGACUUUGGAGGAAUUCCUAGUGAAAGCUGGGGUUGUCCGAGAAUCAUCAUCACUAUUCAAUACUUUACCACCACCUCAGAACCCUUUUGGUAAUAUUGCAACUAAUGUACCAUUGGGUGCAAGUUAUAUACUAAUAGGGACUACCGGAUCUAGUGUGUCUGGCGGUGGAUUUCAACCACAUCAAAUGUUGCCACAGAAUAACACCUUAGUUGUAAAAGAUCUCACUACAACUGGUGGUGGUGUUGUUGCUGCUGUUGGUGGUGGUGCUGUUGCUGCUGUUGGUGGUGCUGGAGCUGGUGCUGGUGGUAUUUCUGCUCUUGGUGGUGCUGGUGUUAGUGGCGCAGGUGCUAUUGCUGCUCUUGGUGGUGCUGGUGUUAGUGGCGCUGGUGGUAUUGCUGCUCUUGGUGGUGCUGGUGUUAGUGGCGCUGGUGGUAUUGCUGCUCUUGGUGGUGCUGGUGCUGCGGAUAAUUCUCAAAACUCAGGAGAAUCCAGUGGGAAGGGUAAGAAAAGGAUAAUUGAUGGUCCUCCGGAAGUGGUAAUAGAGAGAAGGCAACGCAGAAUGCUGAAGAAUCGAGAAUCAGCAGCACGUUCUCGAGCAAGAAGACAGGCAUAUACUGUAGAGCUUGAAGCAGAGCUGAGUGUGCUGAAAGAUGAGAACGAAAAGCUAAAAAAAGUUCUGGCUGAAGAUGAACGCAAGAGAAAGGAAGAGAUAUCUCAGAGGAAGCCCACAACAAUGGCUCAAAAGAGGACAGAGAAAAAGAGGGCAUUGAAGAGGCCUCUGAGCGCAUCCUGCUCUUGGCUGAGUUUUCAAGCUCCAACAAGGUGCUCUAGAAUUACAAGUUGGUUGUGGAAGGUUACUGCUGACACUGACAUUCAUCAUCCGAAAGCAGCCUAA